AUGGUGCACAUGUCCCAACUGCAGCAGUGGAUUAAGGGCAACGUGUCGGCCUGCCCUCGCUCCAUGUUCGUAUUCGACGAGAUGGAUAAGAUGCACCCAGGCCUGAUUGACAGCAUCAAACCAUACUUAGAUUUUUACGAAGUUCUAGACGGAGUCUCCUACCGCCAGGCCAUCUUUAUCUUUCUAAGUAACGCCGGCGGUGAAAACAUCGUGCAGGUUGCGCUGGAUUUUUGGAAAGACGGAAAGGAUCGAGAAGAGAUUGAGCUGAAACAUUUGGAGGAAGCCCUAUCAAUGUCUGUGUUUAACAACAAGAACAGUGGUUUUUGGCACUCGAGUCUAAUAGAUAAGAACAUGGUGGACUACUUUGUGCCCUUCCUCCCCCUGGAGUACAAACACGUUGUGCAGUGCGGCCGAGCCGAGAUGAUCAGCAAGGGCCAUAAACCCAAUGAGGAGGCUGUGGAGCAAAUGGCUCAUGACAUGAGAUACCGGUGUUUCCCUCGUGAAGAGUGCAUCUUUUCCGUGCAGGGCUGCAAGGUUAUCUCCAGCAGGCUGAACUUCUACAUCUAAAAAAAGAAGGAGAGACUCGAUGCUGUGUGUACUGUUCCUGUAGAGUGGGAUUGAUUUGGAGGAACAUUAUCUAAGCAGGAAGUCCACCUGAACACUAAUCUGAUGUCACGCA